AUGACAUUGCAAAACGAGAUCCAUUGUCAAGGAGAAAUAAGUUCCACAUGUAAGAAAACAACUCAAUCAACUUGUCAUUUAUUUAAAUUAGGAAUGGAGAAGCAUGUGAAUGAAACUGGCGAAUUGACUAUUUCUAUCUUGCCUGAAGUGUAUCAAGAAGCCUUGAAAGAAAUCAUCAAAAAACAACUCAAAUCAUCAGCUGACGAAUGUGAAAUAAAAAUCGAAGCUGCAUCGGCCAAGGGCGAUAAUUAUGUUGGGAUUUUGUAUCGUGCAGAAGUGACGAACUCUUCAGGAAAUAAAACAAAGAUCAUCAUCAAGAUUCCACCUCAAAAUGCAGCACGCCGUGAACAAUUCUCAGCAGGUCCAAUAUUUCUUCGUGAAAUCUUGUUCUACAACGAAUUAUAUCCUUUAUUCAAGAAGUUCCAGGAAGAUAAAGGAAUUGAUGUGAACAAAGAAGGUUUCUAUCAGGUACCUGAAUGUCUUCGAACAAGCAACGAUGAUCAACAUGAAGCACUUUAUCUGGAAGAUUUGAAGGAAUCAGGUUUCGAUAUGUUUGAUCGAUUCAAAGAUGUGACACUCGAUCAUGUCAGUAGAGUCAUGGAAAGUCUCGGAAAGUUUCAUGCAAUUUCGUUUGCAAUAAAAGAUCAACAUCCUGAACUCAUCGAGAAAUACAAACCAAUGAAAGAAAUAUUCAAGGAAUUUGAAGAAGCUUCCAAAGGGGGGUUGGAUGGAUAUUUUAUUGAAAUUGUAAAACAGGCAAUCGGAACAUUAGACGAUCAUCCUAAUGAAAAGUUGAAAGAUCAUGUUGGAAAUACAUUGAAUGAUAAAUUUAUGGAUAUUCUUAUGGAUGAUGUUAAUGGUGCUUCUGCUGAACCCUACGCUGUCAUCUGUCAUGGAGAUUGUUGGAAUAAUAACAUCAUGUAUCGAUAUGAGAAUGGAAUCCCCGUUGAGGUUCGUUUGUUAGAUUGGCAAAUCAUGAGAUACGCUUCACCGGUUUGUGAUCUUAUGUACUACAUUUUUGGUUGUACGACUAAAGCCUUGAGAGAUAAACAUUACAUCGAAUUUUUAAAUGUUUAUUAUCACAGUUUAUCGAGUUAUUUGAAGAGGUUCGUCAAAGUCAAGUCCAUGACUUGGAUCGGAUCCAUCGAAAUUGUUCCCACGCAGAGCUUUCUUCGAACAACUGAAGAAAUUUGGACGUUUUGGGAUGUUAAUGGCAAUUAUGGUGCUUCCAGUCUUUACAAGUCAAGCUGAAGAUAUUCC